UUAAAAUCUUAUUUUGAAUCAUCCAAAAGAACAGUUUACAGUCAAAUGUGAUUUCGGUUUUUCCGUCACUAUGACUUAAAAAGACCCAAACGUGAAAAACAUAUACUUUGUAGUUAAAAUGACUUCAGAUUUUGUAAGUUUUAUGGAACUGCAUGAACCGCAGUUAAAAUGCAUAAAUUUUCCUUCUCAACUUUUUGAAACAUUGUUUCAUAUGCUCAGUAGAAAAAGUACAGGGGAUGUUGCAGAUGUACUCAAGAUUACCAAAGUUCAUAAUUCAGCUGCAAUGCUGCUUACUCAAAAAGAUUUAACUGCAAAUGGCUGUUGUUUUAUAUCACGCCAUCUUUGGUCAACAGACUAUUCCAAGAAAAGUAUUAAUGAGUUAAAAGCAAAUGCUUUACUUUUGGAUAAUCUUGCUGGCAUUUUUAACAUAUCUGCGCAACUUCAAUUUGAUGAGUUUCAAAAUUAUUCGCAACAAAAGUAUAAUGUGGAAAAAGUAUAUCCAAGUUCUAAUAAGGACACAAUAAAUACCGUUGUAGAACAGUGUGAUGGUGAUACAUUAUUAGCACUUAUGAAACUUGAAGACGGUGACUAUAAUAGCAAAUCCUUAUCAGCAAAUACUCCAGAGUGUUCUUUUAAUGAAUUUAAAGCAGCAUUAGUAUCUUGCGGCUACAACAUAGAAACCUUUAAUGAUAAUUACUUGCAUAAAAUGCAUCUUAAUUUUGUCAAAAGUGGAAAAGGAAACGGUACAACAUUGCUGUAUAACUGGUAUGAAGAUAAUGAAGAAAAAGUUAUUUUUGUUUAUGUAUCUAUUCCUUCAACUGCAAAAAAAAGAGAUAUUACUAGUAAUUUAAAAAGGAAUUCUUGGGAACUGAUUGUCAAUGGUAAAGUUUUAGUUAGUGGUAUUCUUUUUAAUGCAAUAAAAGUUGACAGCUCAUUUUGGUCUAUUGAUGAACCUGGUUUAUUAUGUAUGACAAUUGAAAAAAUGGAUGUUGAAGAAGUUUGGGAGGAAUUAAUCAAAGGUGAAGUAAAAUUGUCAUCAGCGGACAUUCUUCACCAGUUUUGGAUCAAACAGAAAUGUUUCAAUCUUUAUUUUUCUGACAUAUUGGAUAGUAUGUGGAAGUACAAUCAAACUUAUAGCUUACCUAGUUCUGGUAAACGUCGUCCAACUUGGUAUGUCAUGGAUCCAUAUGGUUCUGCCCUUACUCAUGCACGUGACCCAAAUUUCAAGUGUGCUCCAUUUUUUUAUGUGCCAGAUAACCAGUUUAUUAACAUAUUUUGGCCUAUAAAAGACAUAUCAAAAGGUAUGAGGUGUACACGUGAUUAUGUCCCACCCCUUUUUUCUAACGAAAGUGCAGAAAUUCAGCGUGUUCGAUUAAAAGCAUUUUUAGGAAAAAAACUGUCCUCUACGCAGUUAAGUCUUACUGAAUCUGAUAAUCAAAAUAAGGAAGAAAAGAACGAAUACCAAAAUGUAAAGUUAGUUUUACUUAAUGACGUUAGUCGAACUCAAGUAGCUAGCAAAAAAAUAUUUGUAAGUGGUAUGCAAAUUACCAAAAUAGAAAAACUAAACAAGAUGUUGGAUUUAAACAUUUUAGUUAAUGAGAAGGAAGCUGACAUUAAAAUUUUAACUCUUAGUGAUACAUUGAUGGAUUUGGGUGGAGAUUUUGUUCGCUCUGUUGAGGUUUUUUCAAGCCGCGAUUUUUUACAGAGUUAUUUUCAGUAUAGGUUUAAUAAAAAUAGUUGGCUGUUUAAAAGUAUGAUACUUCCGCGUGAUUUGGUACUUUUUAAUGAAGAAUUUGAAAAAUGUGAUCUCCCUCAACAUUGGAUUAUUAAACCAUCUUCAAAAAAAACAUUAGACAUUUCUGUACAUGUAACAAGCAAAUUUUCUAGAAUAGUUCGUAUGUGCGAAGUUGGUCCCAUAGCUGUGACUAAAUUUGUAUCAACACAACCUCUCUUUCGGAGUUGUCGUUUUGCUCUUCGUUAUUAUGUACUUCUUACCCACUCUUCUGCCUUUAUUUGCACAAUCCCAUAUAUUCGAUUGUCGGAAGAUAAAUGCAGUCAAAACGAUUUUAUUAAUGAAUACGACAAUGCAGCAACUGUUACUGAAUCGGCAUUAAUUCAAGAUGACGAUAUAUUUAUUGAAUUUAAAACAGCGAUGAACAAAUUGUUGUUACCAGUAAAUCCUAAAAGAGGAUGGAGUUAUUUUGAAGAAAAUUUGUUUAAAAAAAUUGGUUAUUUUAGUAAAAUAUUGUCUGGUGAUUUAAAGUACAAUGAAAAUAGUCUGGUAAUGUUUUCUGUCGACUUUAUCAUUGACGAAAAUUUUGAAGCUCGAAUGGUCGAUAUUGACGAUGUUUAUAUCUCACCUGAUCAAAAGGUCUUGCUCGGUGCAUUUAAUCUAGCUCUUGGUUAUGAUAGCGCUCAGUUUAUUAAAGUUGAACUUAGUUAAAAAUAGAAAAAUUAUAAUUUAAA